AUGUCUCUCUUCCCCGAAGAACAUCUUGACUCUCCCUUAGGCUACUUCCCCGGCCAGCUGCAUCAAACUCUUCAAAAUGGUCGUUGGAGGAUCAUUCGUAAGUUAGGCUGGGGCCCGCGCUCGUCGACGUGGCUUGCGAUCGACACUCAAGAUGCGGACAAGAUCGAGGCGAUUAAAAUCUUCACCGUAUCCGCAACAGAAGAUAAAUCAGCAGAGAAAGAGCGCAAUCUCUUCCAACAGAUCCUGAAUGGUAUCCGGGCAAGCAUUCCGCAGUUUGAAGGUAGUUUCGAGGAGGAGAGUACAAAAGGGAAGCACAUGUGUCUCGUAUUUGAGAAUCUCUCGCCUUCUGUGGAGGCGCUACGGCUCGGCAAUAGAAGCUCCCGAUACCUGCUGUUACACAUCGUCAAAAAGAUUGUCGCAGAUUUGCUUGAAAUCCUCUGCGAGCUGAGUGAUUUCUGGAUCGUUCAUGGCGCUCUAAUCGCCGACAAUGUGCUCUUUCUAUCUGCAUCAAAUGCCGAUGAUAUAAGGGAUAGAAUCAAAGAUUCUCCCCCUGCUGCCGUCGAAAAUGUCACGACCGCCAAUGGGACGGUCCAUCCGAUUGUUAGAUCACAGCCGCUGAACCACGGCUUCAAGUGGAACGACACACGGUCAGACUUUGCUUUUUCUUCAAUUUACCUGUGCAACUUUGGCCACGCCUACAAGGCCACCAAAUCUAGUGACUUCAAACAGGACGUCUGGGCGCUAGGACUGAUGACGUAUGAGCUCAUCACUGGCACACGACUCUUCCCGACGCUCGAGAAAGGCGCUCCUUCAACUGUGUGCGACAAAUUUACCACGAUUUCUAAGAUUGAAGAAUUGCUUUCCGCGAGCAAGAACAAGCUGCCAGAGAAGGACAUCCUCCAAGCUGCCUCUCUCAUUAGUUCCUGUCUUACCUUAGACAUUAACAAACGUCCCCAAGCAUGUGAUCUGAUUGGACACGAGUGGGUGAAGGGCGGCAUGGUGUGCUCGUGUGGAUGGUGCUUGGAGGAUGGGAUUUAA